AUGUACNACCUGCCUUGGGCAAAAAAGUCUCCGUGCGGAUCACCUAGGGGGCAACUCGUACCGGCUUCUAACAAGUCGAAGAAGCACUCUUUCCUUCAGUCAACCCAUCUCCUUCGGUUUAGUGGAAAGAAAACUCUCCUAGCUGAGUUGAUGUACCGAUAUGAAAUCUCCUGCCCCUUCAACCUAAGGAGUCCGGCAGUACCCGUCUCAUCAAAAGCCAGCAGUACCUCUUUCAUCAAAACAAAGGCCCUCAGAAUAAGCGAAGUAAACCGUGAGUUAAGCGUCCCUCGCGUUUACCGUGAGAAGAGUUUCACGCGGCGGCUAAACGCACCUAUUUUUGGCAGCCUAUUCGUAGACAAAGAAAGCCGAUUCGCUAAUGCUUAUUCCUUUACUUUGAAUCAAGGUCUUACCCGAGGAAGAGGGAAGCAAGCAAAGCUUGCCCCGGAUCGUAGGGGAAAGAGUGUUGUAACCGAAGUAGACUACCGAACGGGUGUGGGGGAGAAUAUCGUCAAAGAUUGA